CGCCCUCUCCCCCCCGGGCCCUGCCGCACCGGCCGCCUGCCCGGCUGCCGCAGACGCCGCGGGGCCCGGCCGAGGGGCGCGGGGCCCGCCCGUGCGGGGCGGGGGGCGGCGGGGCCGGCCCGGCCCGGCCCUUCGCGGCGGCGGCCCCGCUGGAGGGGGAGGGAGAACCGCGUUGCACCGCCGCGCCCUCCCCUUCCCGGCGGAGGCAGCGCCACGUCUCGGGCAGGAGCCGGGCUGGGCCGGGCGGCACCAGAGGAUGCAGGUUAUUGGUGAUCACAACUUUGGCUGUGAGCUGUUCUCAUGAUCUUCUGGAAUUAUUUUUUGCCUGCGGCACACCGUCAGCUGUAAAGCUCAAGAACUGUGCUCCUGUGUAACAUCUUGAUGCUGCUGUUGCUGAUGGAGAGAAACAGGACUUGGUAGUUCACUUGGUGGAAAAGUAUUCAGAAGAAGUACUUUCCAGGGAUCUGGAUUGUUUUUACCAUGGACUCCUCAUCCAUUCAGCAGGACAUUCACUUGGAGAACAGAAGCAGCAAUGGAGCCCCUACCAGCUCUGAAGAACUUCUGGAUUGUAAACCCGAGUCAGAUUUGCCAAUCACAACAGAUGAAAUUAACACUACCAGUAUAAACACCAACGAAGUGCCAAAUGAAGAGCAAAGUCUGGUGAUAAACAGCAAAGUGGACACCUGCCAGGAUGGGCCAGAUUUGCUCUUCCCCGACUCUCCCGUAUCUUUUGACCCCACCAGCAGUAUGCAGGGUCAAGAGUCGUCCCCAGGUGUGACUGGUUUCCAUGACAGCCUAAGGAAGUCUCAGGGAACUAGUGCUGAGGGCAUAGUUCUUAGAAAAGAAGCUUUGCAGUCUCUCAAACUAAGUCUUCCCAUGCAAGAAACUGAAUUGUGCUCAGCGGAGUCUUCACUCCCACUGGAGAAAGAAGAACAAAUAAGACUUCAAGCAAGAAGACGUCUGGAAGAACAGCUGAAACAAUACAGAGUGAAGAGACAUCAAGAAAGAUCUAAUCAGUCUACAUCCAAAACCCGGCCCUCCAGCACCCUGGAUCCUGAGCUGAUGUUAAAUCCAGAAAUCUUGCCAAGAGCUAGCACUGUAGCAAUGACAAAAGAAUACUCCUUUCUGCGGACCAGUGUCCCCAGGGGGCCAAAACUGGGUAGCUUGGGACUUCCAGCAUCUUCAAAAGAGAGAAGAAGUUCAAAAUCUAAGCCCAGUAAGAUCCGGUCCUUGGCCGACUACAGAACUGAAGAUUCGGGCUCUGGAAACACUCCAGGGAAUUUUGUGGCUACUGAUUUAUCUGGUGGGACUCUGAAGCAAAGCAGAAGUGGUCCAACAUCAGUUGUUUCUGAGAUUAGUCUGCCCUCUGACAUAGAUGAUCGAAUAGAGAAUUCCUCCUUGGCAGGAGAUAGCUUUUCAGAGAUUGAUGGAAGUGAAGUGGGAAUGAGGCUGGAUGGAAACGAGAGUGACAGCUCAACCUACAGCAGUGUGUCAGGAAGAGGGCUGUAUAACAGUUUACAGACUGCAGAAGGCAAACAGGGUAUUCCGUACACAAUAAACGGUCAGAAGAUACAUCCUGAUGCAAUGGGGCAGUUUCCUUCCAUCAGUGAUGUGCUACAGGCUGCAGCAGUGGAGCAUCAGGCCCAGGAGCAAGAAGUUAAUGGGGAAGUACGGAGCAGGAGAGACAGUAUUUCUAGCAGUGUUUCUAUGGAAAGCUCUGUCGCAGGGACCCAUGACGAAAUGUUGCAGGUUCUGAAGGAGAAGAUGAGACUUGAAGGGCAGCUAGAAGCACUCUCACUAGAAGCUAAUCAGGCUCUCAAAGAGAAGACUGAGCUACAAGCCCAACUUGCAGCUUUGAACAUGAAGCUUCAGGCACAGAUGGAGCACAGCCAGAACAGCCAGCAGAAGCAGGAAUCUCUAAGCUCAGAAGUGGCCACAUUAAAGCAGUCUUGCUGGGAUCUGGAACGAGCAAUGGCUGACCUGCAAAAUACCUUGGAAGCUAAGAAUGCUAGUUUGGCUUCUUCAAAUAAUGACUUGCAGUUAGCAGAGCAGCAGUACCAAAGACUCCUGCUGAAGGUUGAAGAUAUGCAAAAAAAUGUUCUCACCAGAGACAGCACAGUUCAUGACCUGCGGCAGCAGUUGGCUUCCUUACAGAGCCAGCUCCAGAAGGUGCAGCUGGAACGGGCCACACUCACCAAUAAGCUGAAGGCAUCUGAAACUGAAAUCACUUCGCUCCAGAACGUGCGGCACUGGUACCAGCAGCAGCUGGUGCUGGCACAGGAGGCCCGGGUCAGGCUGCAGAGUGAGAUGGCCAAUAUACAGGCUGGACAAAUGACCCAAGCAGGUAUGUUAGAACAUCUAAAACUAGAGAAUGUGGCGCUGUCUCAGCAGCUGACUGAAACCCAGCACAGAUCCAUUAAAGAAAAGGAACGUAUUGCAGCACAGCUGCAAAAUAUUGAGGCUGACAUGUUAGAUCAAGAAGCUGCCUUUGUGCAGAUCCAGGAGGCUAAAACCAUGGUGGAAGAAGACUUGCAGAGAAAGCUAGAGGAGUUUGAGGAUGAGAAAGAACAGCUUCAGAAAAUGGCUGAUUCUGCAGCAACAUUGGAGCAAGAAUUGGAACAGGUCAAGUUGACUUUGCAUCAGCGGGAUCUGCAGCUUGAAUCUUUACAGCAAGAGCAUCUAGACCUAAUGAAGCAAUUCACCCAGAUCCAAGAGACGCUGCACACCAAAGAGCAGUCCCUGGAUGACCUGCAAACACAGUAUGAUGAACUGAUGGCCAGAUUAGAAGAAUUCCAAAGUGAUGCUACUUCUAAAGAUGACACGAUCCAGUAUUUGCAGAAUGAGAAGAUUGUCUUGGAAGUGGCUCUGCAGACAGCAAAAGCAAGCAAAGAGCAACUUGAUGAAGGAGCAGUGCGCCUUGGACAAGAUACAGAAGUAGCAUCAGAAGUCUUGGAACAACUGAGGCAAGAAAUGGCAAUCAAGUCAAGCCAGGUAGAAAAUUUGCAACAAGAAAAUGCCAGCCUUAAAAAACAGGUUCAGAAAGUGAAGGAACAGUUUCUGCAGCAGAAGGUAAUGGUGGAAGCUUAUCGAAGAGAUGCAAGUUCUAAGGACCAGCUGAUAAGUGAACUGAAAGCUACAAAGAAACGACUCGACUCAGAAGUGAAAGAGUUAAAACGAGAGCUACUGAAAAUUCAAGUUGAAAAACAGUCACUUGAAUCUGAACAUUCAAAACUACAGAAAGAAGUAUCUCAGGUUCACCAGCAGAUGGUGGAAAUAGAAAAUCAUCUUCAGGCAGUGCAGAAAGAACGAGAUGAUAUGGAAACACGCCUGCAGGCUUUGCAGUUCGAUAAGGAACAAAUGGCAUCCCUUGCUGAGGCAAAUCAGGAAUUAAAACAACAAGUAGAACAAAUGCAAGAAGAAGCAAAAAAGGCCAUUACUGAGCAGAAACAGAAAAUGAAGCUUCUGGGGUCAGAUCUGACAAGUGCUCAAAAAGAGAUGAAGGCAAAACAUAAAGCCUAUGAGAAUGCAGUUGGCAUUCUUAGUCGUCGGCUGCAGGAAUCCCUCACUGCAAAGGAAUCUGCUGAAGCAGAGCUGAGCAAACUAAAAGCACAAAUGGCUGAUGCUGGAAACAACCAGAUUGCUCAAGGAAGGAUUCAAGCUCUGGAGACAGAACUGCAAGCUGUUAAGAGCAGUAAGUUGAUGCUGGAAAAAGAGCUGCAAGAAGUGAUUUCACUUACCAGCCAGGAGCUUGAAGAAUACAGAGAGAAAGUGCUGGAACUUGAGGAUGAGCUUCAGGAAUCCAGAGGCUUCAGGAGGAAGAUAAAACGUUUAGAAGAAAUUAAUAAGAAAUUGGCCCUUGAACUGGAGCAUGAACGUGGAAAACUUACAGGUCUCAGUCAGUCCAACGCUGCUUUGCGGGAGCACAACAAUAUCCUUGAAACAGCAUUAGCAAAAAGAGAGGCAGACUUGGUACAACUGAAUCUGCAGGUUCAGGCAGUGCUAAAGCGGAAAGAGGAAGAGGAUCAGCAAAUGCAACAACUUAUUCAAGCUUUACAGGCUUCCUUAGAGAAGGAAAAGUCAAAAGUUAAAGACCUUAAGAAGCAGGAAGCAGCAGCCAAAGCGGAUGCAGCACACAACCGGCGUCAUUACAGGGCUGCGGUGCUUGAGCUUAGUGAAAUCAAGAAAGAGCUACAUGCCAAAGAACUGCUGGUCCAGGCCUUGCAGGCUGAAGUGGACAAACUGCAGGUAGAGGAUCAGAAGCAUUCCCAAGAGGUAUCACAGUUUCAGCAAGAGUUGGCCGAAACCAGGUCUCAGCUCCAACUUCUGCAGAAGAACCUGGAUGACAAACUUAAUGAAGAGCCUGUAGUAAACCAAGAGGUGGAAGACCUCAAGUGGGAAGUAGAACAAAAAGAAAGAGAAAUUGAAACACUUCAGCAGCAGCUGGAUAUGAGUGAACAGCGGAGCCGCAAGGAGUUAGAAGGGGUUCAAGUUGUCUUGCAGAAUAUCAAGACAGAGCUGGAAAUGGUGAGGGAAGACCUGUCAGUGACUCGUAAGGAUAAGUUUAUGCUGCAGGUUAAAGUGACUGAACUGAAGAACAGCAUGAAGUCACUGCUGCAGCAGAACCAGCAACUGAAGCUGGACCUGAAGCAUGGGAAGAUGAAGAAGAAGAAGGAACUGAAAGGAGAGAAUAACUCUUCAAAUCCUGUGACUCCAGUCAAGAUUCCUGAUUGUCCAGUGCCUGCUGCCUUGUUGGAAGAACUGUUGAAACCAUCAACAGCUGUGAGCAAGGAGCCUUUAAAAAAUCUGAACAGCUGUCUCCAGCAAUUGAAGCAAGAGAUGGACAGCCUCCAGCGUCAGAUGGAGGAACACACCAUCACAGUACAUGAAUCAAUGUCUUCAUGGACUCAGAUUGAGGGGCAGCUAAUGGACCUUACCUCAGCUAGUUCUGCAACUGCAGCAGACCAGCUGGAGAUUCCUCCUGUAGAUGAAAAGAAACAGAAUUGUAGUGUGAGUGACGAGGAAGCUCUGACACUAUAACCUUGUUAUCAGUUGUCUUUCUUCCUAUUGCUUUAAGUAUCUAAACAAAUCUUUAUCAAAGUUAUUUAUUUAUUUCAUGUUCAAAAAUGGUGUUCAGAUUUGUGCUUUUGCCUGUAGAAGCAAAGGGCAUGGUUUUGAGAAGCUGAUGUAGUAUUAAAUGCAGAACAUGCUAUUCCAAGGACUGAUUUGAAACUUUGCCAUAAUGAUUCUGUCAUGCUGGGGACUGCCACGUGGUAAAUCUAGCUUAUUUGGUGGUUUAGGAAGAGAUUCAGAUGAAGACUUAAAAUUAGGUCAAGGGAAGCAUCUGGUUCAAACUGGUUGAGUUUUUUUAUGGACUGUUACUUAUGUAACAUCUUUUUGGUGUUCUGUUUUGUUGUUUAAUUUGGUGAGAGUGGGUGUGUGUUAUUUUCCCCCGUCUUGGGUUGUAUCCAAAUCACAGGGAAAGGUAAGUUCUGCUCAUGGUCAGCCAUUAGCAGUGCUUGAGAACUGAAUAUGCUGAGCAUCCUCUCUUUUCCCGCCUAUAAAUCUUAGUCUUGAAAUUCAGAUUACAGAUAUCUGUAUGUAAAGAAAAAAAUAAUAAUAUUAAGCCAUUUCUAGUUACGGAGAACGAUCUAUAGAAAAAGAACCAAGACUAUAACAAAAAGCAAUGCAGACCAGUAUGUACCUUGGGCAGAUUUGCCUGGAAUGUUUGCAGAAGUGUCAGUUUUUCUCUCACAGUUGCAGGCCAGUAGGGAGCUUUGCUUCACUGCACAAACACUUCUUGCACCUUUUUAGUUCAACUUUUGAAGUAGACACCCUUGAAAAAGGUAUGCGUGUAAUAUAUAUAUAUAUAAGAAAAAAUAAUAAUUUUCUGACUUUAAAUAUCUGUUUUAAUAUGCUUAUAAUAUUGUAAGUUAAGUCUGACAUGAGGGGGUUUUGCUACUGUCAUUGUUCUAAUGUUACAUUUAAGUUCACUGUCUCUUGGCAUACUGUACAAAUGGCUUGGGGAAAUUAGCCCCUAAAGCCAGAGCUUCUAGAAAUGUAAUUAUUUUUACUUUAAAAGGCAAAAUUAUAUGUCUAUAAAAUUAUUUUUAUUAGCUUUAUCUUUUUCCACUCUAUUCCCAUACUUCUUGCACCCUCUGUUACAAGAUGUCCACCAUGAAGGACAGGUUGGUACUGUGGCAACCCCUCUGAAGAGCACCUUGAGUGGACUGUUAUUCGCACAUCCCACUUCAGAUUCCUUCACCUUUGGCUCCAUUGCUCCAUGCGUAUUGUAAGGCAGCAUCCAGCCAGCCCUCCUCUCACAAGUUCAGGGUUGGAGGUGCUGUCUCACCUGAUGUGUGAAGAGCUCAAGCGCAAAUCAAAAGAUACAUGACAGAUUUGGUGGAAGAUUUAGUGGCAGCUCGUGUACUGGAGUGUUUCUGUCUUUAAAACAUACAGAAAACAGUUCAAUUAUAUCCACUACAGUUUGGCAUAAAAAAAAUAAUCUAGUAAGUACAAGUAAAUUAAGUGCUUGGGGAAAAAAAAAAAGCCAACACAAAAAAUCUGGUUAAUUUAUUUUCCUGUAGAGACUUGCUACUUUUGGAUGAGUUUGAUUGUUUGAGGGUGGGAGUGUGUAAAUGUCAGCAGUUUGCUUAGCAGUAAGGCUAACAAUGAUCAAACAAGCAAAAUCCCGAAACCCACCCAUUUUCAUUUAAAGUCUGAUUUCUCAUAUUUACCAGUUCCAGCUCUAAUCCAGUGGAACACUGUGCACGUCAAGUGUCUGUAUCGACUGAUUUCAUCUCACUCAGCUACUGGAUUUUAACAUAACAUUUUAUUGGGAUCAAAGUCAAGUGAUGCUACAAGUCAAGGUUUUGAAAUUGGUGAGGGCAUCAGGUGCCCAUCCUGCAGAAUUACCAAACCUGUCAAAGAAAAGUCAAAAGCUUUAGACUAGCUCAGACACGUUGAUGUCUGCACAUGCUGCUGCAGUCUGGCAGGGUGAAUGGUACUGAUUAUCUUGCUGUUGUCAUGUUUUUGAAGUUGCCUGUAUAUUAAGCUUGAAGAAGAAAAAAUGUGCAGUGUUGUUAAAGAAAAAAAAUUAGAACUACAUAAUGAAUAAUAUAUUUAGUACAGAAAAGCUAUCAAAUGUUCAGGAGUUUAAAUAAACAACACUUUUGCAGCAUUAAUAGUGCUGUUCAUUUUGGUAAAUAUGUUGCCUACAAAUAAGAAUCCAUUAUGUUUUAAUCUCUUAAUUUUGGCAAUAGUUGUGUGGAUAAAGGUUUUUUUCUGGUACCAAAGAAGCCAGAAUUGUUAGAAACCUUCAGUUGUCCAGAAUGUCUGCUCUCCUUUUCCUAUCAAUCAUCUUACUGCAUCCAGUUCUCAGUACAGGGCUGCAUUUUUUCACUAGCUCCUUAUGAAGACAUCUGAGCUCACACAAUCCAGUAGCCUUAGGUGGCUGUUUUUCCUUUGAUGCAUGAGGGAGCUGUUGUGAAAUGCUCAGAUUAGAUUUCUGCAUGGACCCCCCUAUCUCUCUGAGCAUACCUGGACACUUGGCAUUUUCACUUUAUAUUCAUCAUGUUUUUUUCUCUAUAAACAGAAGAAUCAUGCCAUUUACACUUAAAUAAUGUACAGAGUGUGAGACUUGAGGGCCUGAAUCUGAUGAGGUACUAACUUACGGAAGUCACUGGGAAGCUUUCUAGAAAGAGCAUACAGCAUGUGGUAACAACAAGGCCUUUUGUUUGCAGCUCAUCAGCUAUGUUUCUUCAUUAUUCACAGAAAUAGUUGCUGGUUUAUUAAAAAGUCUCCCCGUGAGGCUGAACAUGCUCAUACAAAGCUUCAGGUCUCCUCUGUGUAGGCAAUAAGACCAACUAGUUGUAGGAAUGAAAACUGCCUCCCCUCUGCCUGUCACAGCACUGCCAAAAUACAUCAAAGGAAAAUCAGUGCCUCAUUAACACAGGUGUGUGUUUAGAAACUGAAGAAUAAUCUCUUGGAGAGUAUUUUUCGUCCAAUUGCUGCAACAGUGUAUUUUUGGUGUCUGUUUCUUCAGUGGUUGCUACCUAUUAAUCCAAGUCUUGUUGAUGAAGGAGAAAUGUCAUUCAUGUGAGAACGUUUCCCAAGUGAUGAAAGCUGGAAAAUGCUGCAGCAUUAGUGCUGCAGGUGCUGCUGGGGUUUUGGGGACUCAUGGAAAAAUUGUGCAUUUGAAAAAACAACAAAAAGAAACCAGCAGACCCUACAGUGGGAAAAAACAAAGGUGGUUACUGAGUGUCUGGUAUUGCUGAACAGUGUGUAAUGCUCCAUUCUCUUGUCUUCCAGAUUUCUUGGAAAUACUUGUGCACUGUUUUGGGAUCAGCUGAGCUCCCCAUCUGCUCAUGCAAUGGGAGGUUCUGAUCUCAUACUGUUUAUCCAGGCAAUAUCCUAGCUGCAAUCUAUGAAAAUUUCAGAUAUGCAAAGAGCAGAGUAAUAUCCACAGGUAAAGUCCUAGUGCUUGUAUUUUCAUAGGUUACUUAUUCCUUUUUAGGGGAGUGAACUGCAGUAGCAGGAUGUUUUAGUGCUAGUUACAACAGCAUUGAAGGGGCACUGCAGACAGACAGUUUUAUCCAUAUAAAUGUAACUUAAAGAUGGUAACCAGUUCACUCCUGGUGAAAGUAAAAGCAAAGCUUGUGAUACAUGUUUUAUGGAAGUGCAGAUAGUUGCAUGUGACUUGCUCUGACCAGAACCUUCAAAUAUUUUCAUGUGAAAGCAGUUAGAGUCUAAAGUAAUUACUAAUGCUCAUCAGCUGUCAUCUGAUCAUCCCUGCCCUCUGCUCAUGUGUAGUCUGGGGCAGUAGGGCAGCCUAGUUUCCAACACAGAUGCACAGAUUUCUAGGGGAGGGAAAGAUGUUCUGGAUAUUGUCAAGGAAAUACCGUUCCUUUUUAUACAUGACAUUCAGUAAUGUCUGCUUAGGCUGUAUUUGUAAAGAUAGAAGUUCAUCAUUUCAUGUUCUCGAGUGGAUGACCCAGGGGAUGGAGGAGUUAUGCUAUGUACAAUUAAUGUUUAUGAUCAUACAAAGCAUGUUGAUUAUAAAAACAAUGUGCAUAGGAAUUCCUUUAAAAAGUUUUGUGCAAUAAACUAUUUUUGGUAAAGGGCUCCAUGUUGGUUUUACUUUAAUAAAAGAGAAAUUGGUAUCGCCUUC